GAGAGAGGUAGAGAGAGAGAGGCAGAGUGAGGGCGGGAGAGAGAGUGAGGGGACAGGCAGAGAGCAGUCUGCCUUAGCUGGAUGCGCUGUUGGGAGAUUUGGUUAAAGCUCCAUCCUCAGCAUACAACGCUUCUUCUCCAGUCAGUCAAAACCUGAAGGACUAUGACCGAUAGAGCCAUCUUCCAAUUCAACGUGAUCUAGCUGAGAAGAUAAGACAUUUGUGACCUGUACAUCCUAAACCACCUCCAGAGACAUGAGGACUAUCUCACUGGGCGCUGUGUGGCUCUGUCUCGGCCUGUCCUUGAAUGCUUUGUCUUUGAAUGAACAGAGAGUAGAGUCAGAAGAUGGAGAGAGAACAGAAGCAGUGAUCAAAGAAAAGCAGCUGAAAAGAGUGAGACGAGGCUGGAUGUGGAAUCAGUUUUUCCUACAGGAGGAGUAUACAGGCAGCGACUACCAGUACAUUGGCAAGCUCCAAUCGGACCAGGACCAUGGCAAUGGCUUAGUCAAGUAUGUCCUGUCUGGUGAGGGGGCUGGCUCCAUCUUUGUCAUUGAUGAGAGUAACGGUGACCUGCACGCCACUCGCCGCCUGGAUCGUGAGGAGAAGGCUUUUUAUGUCCUUAAAGCCACAGUGGUCAACAAGCGGACAGGUCAAAAGCUGGAGCCAGAGACUGAGUUCACCGUCAAACUUCACGACAUCAACGAUAAUGAGCCUCAGUUCAGCAAGGAAGUUUACACUGGCAACGUACCCGAGAGGUCGGAUAUCGGUACAUCAGUCAUCCAGGUGACAGCUACAGAUGCUGAUGACAGCAUGUAUGGGAGCAGUGCCAAACUGGUCUACAGCAUCAGCCAGGGACACCCAUACUUCUCUGUUGACCCAAAUACAGGUGUGAUCCGGACAGCUUUGGGUCCUGGUGACAUGGACCGCGAGCAGAGGGAGCACUAUCAGGUGGUGAUUGAAGCUAAAGAUAUGGCCGGACAGAGAGGAGGGCUCACUGGAACCACCGUGGUGAACAUCACCCUCACUGAUGUCAACGACAACCCUCCCCGCUUCGUUCAGAGUAUUUACCAAUUCAGAGUCCCAGAGUCCUCCAAGUCUGGGACUUCAGUUGGAAGAAUUGUAGCCACAGACAGAGACAUCGGCAAGAACGCUGAGAUGUAUUUCACCAUCGUCAGUGGAGACGGCAUGGACAUGUUUGACAUCUCCACUGACAAAGACACCCAGGAGGGAGUCAUCAGCGUCAGCAAGCCUUUGGAUUUUGAGAAGAAGCCGUCGUACACAGUAGAGAUCCAGGUCCAGAACACCCAGGUGGACCCUCGCUUAAUGUCUACAGGCUCCAAAGACAUGGCCACAGUUCGGAUUGCCGUGGAAGACGUGGACGAGCCGCCACUGUUUGACAAAGCCAGCUAUCUGAUGGAAGUGAAGGAGGACGCUGCAGUGGGCAUGGCCGUGGGCUCAGUCAGCGCCAUGGACCCUGACGGACCCCGCAGCAUGGUCAAGUACUCUAUCGACCGUCGCACUGACAUGGACCGCCUAUUCAACGUCCAUCCAGGGAACGGAUCUGUGUUCCUGCUGAAAAGCCUGGACAGAGAGGAGACUGCCUGGCAUAAUAUUUCAGUCAUCGCCACAGAGUUCAAUAAUCCCCGUCAGAGCAACCAUGUUCCCGUCUACAUCCGCCUGCUGGACAUCAACGACAAUGCUCCUACCUUCGCCACAGUGUAUGAAACCUUUGUCUGUGAGAAGACUAAGGCUGGUCAGCGGAUCCAGACAGUGAGUGCCAUCGAUGCUGAUGAGCCGUCAACGGGACACAAGUUUUUCUUCAGCCUGGCUCCUGAGGGGACCCACCGCAGCAACUUCACUGUCCGAGACAAUGGAGAUAACACUGCUGGCAUCCUGACACGUCGAGCCAGCUACAGCCUCCUUCACCAGAGCGUCUACCUGGUUCCCGUGGUGAUUACUGACGGCGACUAUCCCAUGCAGAGCAGCACCGGCACUCUCACUGUGAGGGUGUGCACCUGUGACCGUGAAGGCAACAUGGAGCUGUGCAACGCUGAGGCUCUGAGCAGCUCUCCUGGUCUCAGCACUGGAGCUCUCAUCGCCAUCCUCCUGUGUGCCAUCAUACUGCUGAUGAUUGUGGUUCUGUUCACUGCGUUGAAACGCCAAAGAAAGCAGGAGCCUCUCAUCAUCUCCAAGGAGGAUGUCAGGGACAACGUGGUGAGCUACAAUGACGAGGGUGGAGGUGAGGAGGACACCCAGGCUUUUGACAUUGGAGCACUGCGACACCCGGAUGCUGCCGCAGCCUUAGAGGAGUCUGCCAAACAGAGGCGAGACAUCAUCCCCACUGACACCCUGCUGUACCCACCACACCGCCGACCUCCCACCGCUGCCUCUGGCUUUAUCAUGCCUCCAGUCAGCAUGGCGUCAAGGGAUAAUGGGGAUGUACGCGAGUUUAUCAAUCAGAGAGUGCUGGAGAAUGACUGUAACCCCACAGCACCACCCUAUGACUCGCUGGCCACCUAUGCCUACGAGGGCACAGGUUCAGUGGCUGAGUCACUGAGCUCACUGGGCUCAGCGUCAUCUGAGGCUGAGCAGGACUACCACUACCUGAGUGACUGGGGCCCCAGGUUCAGGAAACUGGCUGACCUGUACGGGGCUGAGGACAGUGACUUCUCCUAACAAACACAACACAAACACACAUUUACUUCCAUGUCACAGACAGGUUCAGAAAAGAUUUUGACCAAUGCAGGGGCAAGGACAGCGAUGUCUAACCACCACAAACUCAAUAUUAGAGAUUGUGGACAUUAUUGAUGAGCUUUAAGAAAAUCUGAGAACUUUUAAAAAAUACAGAUGAUACAAUCCACAUGAUGAACCAAAACAUGUAUUGUCAGAUGUUAAUUCCUUUUAAUGGGAUAUUCAAGAAUAUCACCUGAUCCUUGACCUGUCUUCACUGCACAUAGAUCCAAAAAAGGAGCUCACCAAGUCAUUCUCAAAGGGAGACAAAAGUUCUUAAAUAUCUGAUUUUGGGCAUGGGAACUGAUGGAUAUAGAAAUGUAAAUUAAUCAGCACAACUGUGGAGCCUAAAAAUCUUCAGUUCCAUCAGUGGUAAUCUCUUCAAAGACUCUUUUCAGUCAGUUUUGAAUCAACAUUAGGCUGUGUUUUAUAUUGAGGAUUGGACUUAAAAUACUUUCAGGCUUUGCUUUAAUCUCUCCUGGGUUACCAAAUCACCAUUUUGCAGAGUGUUUCUUGUGGCUUUACAGUACAUGUGCCAUUCAAGGCAAGCCGAAUGGAGGAAAGUGUUGGGAACCAAUCAACAAAACCCCAGUGUAGUUUUUUCAGGAGACACACGUACCUCUGCAGAUAUGAAUUGAAAACUGUGGAGAAGACAAGUUUUAUUUUUCGUUUUGACCAAGUGCCCUUCUGCUGCCCUUCGAGCUGAACUGCAGAUGCCUGUAGGCUGGCUGAGACUGGAGGGUGCUAAUGACUCUUACAUGAUAGCAUUUUGUCUUUUUUGCUGUCUUGUACAAAAGGACCAUUCCAGAGGAACUGUUCUGAAGGAUCCUCACUCAAAAAUCGCCUUCUUCGGGACACAAAGUAAACAGAAUACAUCUUAUUUGACUAAAUGCACUGAUUUCUUUAUGUUUACGCAGGUUUUUUAAGAUCUUUUUUUAGUUGUUUUUUUUUGUGCUGCACCUAAACAGAGGAUAACUGUUCAUGGCAUAAUUUCUAGAUUUUUAGCUUCUUGAUUAAGUGUGUAUUGUGUCAGAAAUGUGGUUGAACUGAGUCACAUUGGAAGUAUACUAAGUUCCAUAAAUCUUUAAUUUCACUGCUGUUUUUUUUCUAUAAAAGAACACAACUUCAGAUUAGAGAUGCACCGAUCCAGCUUUUUCAGUUUCGAAACCGAUCCCGAUGCUGUAGCUUUGAGUAUCAGCCGAUACCCGAAACCGAUCCGAUACCAUGGUUAACCUAAAAAGCUAUAUACCUUUACAUGUAGAACAGAAACUAGAAGCAUCAGGCAUUGAUGACUACACAGUUCUUUCCUAAGAUGAAAUGAAACAAGAUGAAACAGAUUUAUGCAAUGAUGAACUAUUUAUUUUUAACAAAUAAUUAUAACUGUGCAACAGUCCACACAGCAGAUUCUCUCCUUCGCUCCAUGAUGUAUGAUGUAGCUCGCGUUGCAAUAGAUUAAAAGGGAAAGGAUCGCCUCAGGUAUAGGUUGCAUUUUCCGAUACCCGAUCCAUCUAUUAUGAUGAUAUCGGGGGAAUAUUCGAUCCAGAUAUCGGAAUUGGUGCAUCCCUACUUCAGAUAUCAUACAGACAGUAUAUUGAACAAUGCUAAAUAAAGUGUUUUCAUUAAGAAUAUGUUUAAUAUUGAAAUGAAGGACAUGGGCAAGCCCUGCCCUCACAGUAGAGCUGUCACUUUUUAUUCAGGGGUUUAGUCUACUGUUUGAGUUACAGUGAACUUACCAAACUCUGAAUUACCAAUGCUCAAGUGCAUCAAGCCAUUUGUUAGGCAAAGAUAGUGGUUUUGGUUAAGUCUAAUAACUGCAAUUAUUAAUAUUUUUAUAAUAACAACAAUGGAUCAAAUGAUUGUAGAGUCAUUCUCUGGAGGCUCGUCACGAAAAUCAACCCUUCUCACAGUACAUUCAGAGUGUUGUAGUGUCUUUGAGCCCAUUGUUUUGGUUUACCUGCCCGCAAUAUUACUGCUUUGAUUGAGUCUUACCGCUCUCAUUAACCUCAGUUUCAGCAGCAGGGAUCUGGUGAACAUAGUGGAGCAUGUAGCAGCUAAAGAGACAGAUAUUUUUCUCAGGAGAGUAAACAAGAGCUAAAAGGAUAGAUAAUUAUAGACAUUCAUCAGGUGGACACAAACAUAACUCCAAACUAAUGCUAAUCAUGCUCCACAUCUGCUGGACGUAAUUGCCUGUUUGCUAACACAUUAGCCCUAUCAAGAAUGAUGAGGCAACAUGCCAGUGUUUUGUCAAAUCAGCCAUUCACCAUUUGGGUAAUUAGGCUUACUUGCGAAGAAGGGGGCCCCAGCCAAACCAGGUGGUGAGCAACCGAAUUGGAAGGAGCUUUUGCAUAACCUAGCAGGGGUCGAAAGACAAGCAUAGACACCCUCCUCACCACAUUUCAACACAGCUGACAUACACCCAACCCUUUUCACCAGUCGUUCCAGCAAGUACAGACCCUUGAAACGGAGCCCGACGUGUCAGCCUGUUCAGUGCAUCUGAUGGGGGCUGUGUGAUAUAUUUCAGUAUGAAAACAUGUUACACUGGCAUAAAUAUCCCACAAUGCAAAGCUGGACAACAGCGGACAGUGGCCAAGGCAGCUCUGUAACAUUAAUAAAUGCCUCUCUUGCUAGGAAUAACUCUGACCAUGAGUCUUCUGCCCUGUGUGCCAUUUAGAAAACACUAUAUGAAGUAUUGUGGUAGCGGUACCAUUACACAUGGAUGGCAUGGAUGGCAACAAAAAUGCCUGUGACAUAACAUUAUACAAUGGGUUUGCAUUUUCUAAUGGCUGAGGUAAAGUUACUCCUACAGACGUGAUAAAGAAAACAAAAAUAUAAGAGGUUCAUAGAAUAGAAUAGAAUAGAAUAGAAUAGAAUAGAAUAGAAUAGAAUAGAAUAGAAUAUACUUUAUUGUCCCCUAGGGGAAAUUUGUCGUGGACUCGAGUGCAUACACCAGCUGCCUUGCAGACAAUAAAUAUACACAAAACAGCAAAGACACAGGAAAUGGCAAACAUACACACUCAUAAGACACAAACCAGACAAAAUGUGAAAAAACAGACAGAACACCAAGUUAUUGCACUAAGUUAUUGCACAAUCCCCAGUUUUUCCCAGCCUUCAAGAGCUAUUUAACAGUUUGAUGGAAUUAGGAAUGAAUGAGUGUUUGAAACAGUUCAGUUUGCAUUUGGGAAGUCUGUACCUUCUGCCAGAAGGCAAGAGCUCAUACUCAGGAUGAAGGGUGUGAGACGGGUCUGCCAACACCCUCCGUGCCUGCCUGAGUACAGACUGCUCAUAGAUGGACUGGAGGGAGAGCUUUUCAGUCCUCCCCAUCACCUUCAUAGCAGUCUGUACCAGGCACUGCAGCUUGGAUUUGGACUGUGAGGAGAGGUUGCCGAACCACGCCAUCAUCCUGAUAACCUGAUAACACUCUCCAUCACUGCCUGAUAGAAUAAAAACAUAACCUCAGCCUGCGCAGAAAAUACAGCCUUUGCUGUAAACGAGAACAUACAUGAUCCACAUGGUCAUUCCAGGGGAAAAGGUUCAUGGUGCUUGCAGAGGCCAGUAGAGCUGAGGUUGGCACAAGUUAUCAUGUGUCUCCAACUAGCUAAGAGGCCAAUGUAGUGCAUGUGUGAUUUCGGAGGCAGUGUAUUUCUUAGCUGGGUGCAGUAACUUCACAGGGUCUCCCCUUGUUGCCUGGUGACCUCAUGAUGAUGACAAGACUCCAAGUGGCCAAUCAAGCAAUACAUGCAAAUUUAACGCAAAACUGAGGUUUGAUGCAGCUGCCUUAUAGUCACUACAUUUACAUUGGACAAUUAUGUGGCGCUACGUGAUAGCUCGACUAGGCCAUUUAAUGUGACUACUAUCCUUGUCCCUUUUUAUAAGCAUGGGAGGGGAAUCGAUUUAUUGACCAAAGUAUGUCUGACUCCACUACCAUCAGUGGUGAUAUGCGCCCUUUUGGCUUGUUGGUAUUGGACCUUUUUCCAGUUGAGCUAUUACAUAACGGACCAAACAAUUGACAAACAAGUUGAGGUUACCUUCAAACAGGUACCAUGUUGGACAGCUUUACAGGUCUGUGCAUUUGGUAUGUGCUGCAUGCUUUACUUUUUCUUCUCUUUUUCUGUUGAGCAUUUAAUGCUAUUUGACUUCCAAGCCAAAGCCUGGGGCAGAAACUGUGGAGCAUGCGCAGAGCGCCUACACCAGUUUGGGUCUGAUUGACUAUACAGUCAAUGUCAUGUAGGAGUAAUUUGACUCAAAAUCACAUUACGUGACUUUGAGAAGUUCUAUUUAGUACGAUUUUAGUCAGACUAACACAAUAAAUCAAUUUUCUCUAAUGUCAUAUAAACAUACUGAGUGACAUUAUCAUGACAACAAAUCCAAAGUCAUAUAGUAGCUUGUAUCUCAAGAGACAGUGGAGACAUCACGGAUAAACAGAACGUCAUUUUUUUGCAUUGUACCACAAGCUUAGAUUUUGGCUCUGUGGGUUGUAUUCAAAUAAAUUUGAACACAUUGUGUGUUAGGGCUGAUUCAUUUGAAGCUGACCUUUUGAAAAAGUGACAGCUCUACUUCACAGCUAGCAUUGCAGCUUGAAUGUUUUUCAGUGACUGAUAACUUCAUUUUCAGCUUUAUAUUACUUUAUGCUCGUACCUGCUUUCUCCCAUGUACUUUUAGAGUUGAGGAUAUGAUCCAGAUGUUUUUUGCCAAAAGGUGUCCUGGCACAAAUUUCACUUGUUGCAUUGUCAUAGAAAAGAAAAGAAAAAACGCUUUCCUUCUUUACUGGAUUGUUUGCUUAGUUUUAUUCAGCCCACCUUCAUGUCUCAUUCAGAGACAUAAAGUUUUGUUGUUAAAUGUUGUAAUUAACUGACACUGGGAGGCAGUUUAUUCAUCAUUUACUUUGAUGUCACAGUAAAACAUCAUAAUCACAACAGUCAACCUCAGUGCUAUGUUAAAAAUAACAUAUUUCAAGUGAGGGACAAAACUAUGAAGUCAGGAUCAUUUAGUGGUUCAGACUUUUUGUUAUCCUGAACUGAUAUCAGGGGUCUGUAUUGUGAGUUUUCAUUCCGGCAGCAGUUUGUUCCUGUUGUGUUUUGUGACCGUGGUCUGCUCUGAAGGCUUUAAACAGAAAUGUCCACAUAUUUUUCUUUAUAUUUUAAUUCAUUCUUUUUUGUACCAAAUAUUUAUAGGACACACUGAUGAUAUUCUUGGAAAGAAAAAAAAUCUGUCCAGCUUCACUGUUUUUUAAUGUCAUUUUGGAGGUGUGAAACUCGCUGUGGGCAGUCUGCUGUCCGUAUAUGAUGUAUUAUCAAGUUGUUUAAUUUUUUUCAAAAUAAAGUUUUAC